CCCCACCUUUGACAUUCAUCGUGUGACAGUUGUUCAGACUAUCCUAACCAAAAACGUGUUUUAUCUCAAACUCCUUUUCCUCUUCGAAAAAUCAGUGCAAAUCGGCGUGCUUACGUAAUCCAUGCAGUUAAUUAAUGGGCUUAUCCAAACCCGCCUAAUGCAGAAAUUCAUAUCGGUAUCGAAUCACGCCAGUGCUAAUUUUAAUAUGUUGAUGUCAAUGAUUACACCAACAUAAAAACUUGCAUAAACAUUGAGACACAACUAGCAUGUAGUAAACCACCAUCAAGUCUUUGUAAAUACACUUUCCACCACCGCAACGUAAUGGGUGUCUGCUGGUGUAAGCAAAAACACGAAGAACAUGACACUUAUGUUCCUCAAACCCAUAGCAAUGCUACAAUCCAACCCGUUUCACCAGUAGCCCCCCAGUAUUACAUUCGAGUCGCCAAAGCCCCGGACCCACAACUCGUCGAUAAACUCGUCCUGGAAACGCUGGGCGUUAUUGCAACUCUUGUGGACAAUGAGCAAGACCCGCCCCCGUCAAUGCUCCUCCUACACAACAUCGCCGAUAACGAGGAAGGCUUCAUCCAAGUCGUCAAAUCAAUGAUUAAAGUCGUGCCGUUAUCAGACCCUCUAGGCCCGUCAAUUAUCACACUUUUGCUGGACGAUUGUCCCCUGCCUUCGAAAGAAUCAGUAUUCAAGGUCGUCGAUAUGUUGAACGUGUCCCGGGAGGCGGCAAUAGCCGGGAGACUGAAUCCCUCCAAAGAGAGAAACACUUGUGUAGUUCUAGGGUGUAUAGCGGAGACGUUAGCCGGUCCAAGGAAUUUAAGAAUAUUAAACGAACACAUGUUAGACUAUUUAUUAACCAAUUUGGAGCCUGAAACUGAUCCAAAUGUUGUCCUAUUUUCCCUAAUAGCUUUAGAAAAGUUUGCCCAGUCUAGUCAAAACAAAUCAACAAUUAUGAAGCGGUUGCAAGUCUUGAAUCCUUGUCCGAUAAAUGCGCUAGAAAAGUGGCGGAAUGAGAGUCACUACAUCAAAAGACAAGUCGGGUUUUGCGCCCAGUGGGUCUUGGACAAUUUAUUCGUGAUGAACAAUCGUCAAUAUUCCUACUUAACCGUGAAUAUGGAGAACAUAAACGCCAUGUUAAACACCAGCGACGUCAGCGAGUACCUUAAAAUCUCACCAGAUGGCUUAGAGGCCCGUUGCGACGCCUACUCUUUCGAAAGUGUUCGUUGUACGGCUCAGGCCGAUUCAGGAAUAUGGUACUAUGAAGUUUGUAUUAUAACACCAGGAGUUAUGCAAAUUGGAUGGGCAACAAAAAACAGCAAUUUUCUUAACCACGAGGGUUAUGGCAUUGGCGAUGACAAGUACUCGCUGGCUUAUGACGGUUGUCGCAAAUUAAUUUGGUACAAUGCCAAAUCCGAACCCCAAAAUUUGCCCGCAUGGCAAUCUGGCGAUAUUUUGGGCUGUUUCCUCGACUUGAAUACGCCACAAGUCAUUUUUUCUAUAAACGGUAUGAGGUUACCACCAUGUACUCAUGUGUUCACUAUGGCUCAAUCGGGUUUUUUUGCCGCUGCUAGUUUUAUGUCAUUCCAACAAUGUCGGUUUAAUUUCGGAGCGGAACCGUUUCGUUAUCCGCCUUCCGGGGAAUUUUCCACUUUCAAUGAUCAGGGUGUUUUAAAGCCCGAGGAUAAAAUUGUAAUGCCAAGGCAUAUUUUUUUGGAUCAGUUGAGACAACAAAAUAUUAGAGAGGAUAGUUGCACGCUUUGUUACGAUAAGAAGGCUUCAGUGCGGCUGAUUCCCUGCGAACACUCGGGUUUUUGUCCGUCGUGUGCAAGUCAGUUGGUAGAAUGUCCCAUGUGUAGAGCACCCUUCGAAUUGGUGGUAGAAGAAAAUCCCUGACGACUAAACCGCAACUAGGAGACAUAAUCAAUUGUUUUAAUAGCGUAUUUUUGUACAAAUUUGUUGAAUUUUUUCAUAGACACGGGUUUAUUGUUUUAGGUUACACAUAGAAGGUUGUAUUUAUUUAGCUAGGCUUUACUACAGAUUUUAGUCCCAGUUGUUGAUAUUUUUAUAAAAAAAAAUUCACGAAUUUUAUUUUAGCAAUCAGGGGUAAUCGAUUUUAAUUUGACAAUAACGAUACAUAGUGUCAAAUUUAAAUGAUUUUAUUUAAAAAACUAUAUAACCAUGUUAUGAAUAAUUAUUUUAAAGUUUAAACAUAAAAAAUACCACACUCUUAAAUAAAUCUUUGAUCAAAGUGGCCUUCCAAUCACAGUCUACUUUGAUCGGAAAUUUAAUUAAAAGCGUGGAAAUACAUGACUAUAUUUUAAUGUUGAAAUAAAAGUAUUGCUUCAAGCAUAA